CAAGGGACAUGCUAAAGAACUCGACUCACUCGUCGCUUCUGGUUUGUGCUUACACUCUGACACCGACGGAACGCUUCUCCUUAUAGUUUGCUUAUCAUCCGCAGUUACUUUUGUAUUUUUACUGGGCUUAAGCAAGUUUACUUUACACAGUAUGAGUAGGUUCCUGCUGCGUGUCUUGCUUUAUGUUGGAAGCAAUUACAUACAGUAGCGCUCACCAGCAAAAGACUAAUUAGCCGCACAUUAAUGUAGCAUGAAAACAUAGCAAAUAUUGUCAAAUCCUCAUGGAAGGGGACGCGGCUUCGCUGCUUGAGGACGUAACGAGCAGCGAAGCUUUUAAGGUUCUAAAUGAACUCCUCGCGGCUGGACGCAUUUCUGCCCAGCAAGCAGACACUGCAAAGUCGCGGUACACAAUCUUGCAUGGGGCCUUGGUCAAGGCGCUACAGACCGAAAAGGAGUUGCUGGAGCAAGCCAAAGCGCUAAAGCGCCAAAAAGAGGACCAGGAUGCCGCCAUGGCAAUCGCGGGCUCCGGCUCCGGAGCCUCCGGGUCGGGCUCGGGCGGUGCGGCUGUGGUGGAGGACAUUGACCAGCUGCGCGAGGACGUGGAGGCGGCGCUGGGUGAGGCGGCGCUGGCACAGGAGCGGCAGCAGCUGCUGCAGCUGGAGGUGACCGACCUGCAGCGGCAGCGCAACGAGCUGGGCUCCCGCAUGGAGGAGCUGGCGUGCGAGCAUGCAGCCGCGCUGCAGCCGGUGAUCAGCGCGGCGAGGGGGGAGGCGGCGGCGCUGGCGGAGGAGGUGGAGGAGGAGCGGAGGAAGGUGGAGGCGGCCAGGGCGGAGCUGGACGGGGCCAGGUCCCGGCUGUCCUCCGUGCUGUCCGACAGCUCCAGCCUGUCUGAGGGCAAGGCGGUGGAGAAGGCCAACCUGGUGCGCAUCGACCCGCUGCCGGAGAAGGCGAGGAGGCAGGCGGAGGCGGUGGGGUCCAUACUUAAGAGCGUGCAGUCCCAGCUUGAGAGCGCCAACAACCGGCUGUCGGAGCACGAGGCGGCAUUCAAGGCGGCAGCUGCGCGGGAGUACGAGCUGCUGGAGGAGCACGGAAGGAUGAUGGCGGCGCUGGAGCGGGGGAGGGUGCAGGUUGAGGCCAAGGCGCGUCACGCGGACGACAUUCGCAAGGACGUGGAGCUGGCCAGCAUCGAGGCGGACAAGAUUCUCACCGACCAGGUGGAGCUGGACCUGAGGGUCAAGAACCUGUCUGUGGAGCUGAAGGCGGAGGGCGACCACCUCAACCGCCGCCAGCGCGAGAAGGACCUCAUGCUGCGGCAGUACCGGCUGGCGGACUCGCAGCUGAAGGAGGCGAGGGACGCGCUGCCCAACCUGAGGUUCCAGGUGGAGCAGCUGCACCGGGACGUGACGUCACUGGAGGCGCGGCGGAAGACCCAGUCGCGGGAGCUGCAAGAGGUGAAGCGCGAGCUGGACAUCCAGAUGGCCUCCUUCCUGCAUGAGGAGGCGGACGGCAAGGACAAGGUGGCGCUGUUCCAACUGACGUACAAGGAGGUCGCAGCGCUGGAGGCCGAGCUGGCCUCCCUCAAACGCGAGGAGGCGGAGCGCGACAUGAUCCUGCGGGACCUGGGCAGCCAGCGGGACAGGAUUGCGCUGUCAAUCGCUCAGAAGCUGAGUCGCGUGAAGGAGGUGCAGAUGACGUCACGCAUCAAGGAAGUAGAGCUCGCGGAGCUGAAGAAGAUCCGGAAAGAGGUUGGGCGGCGGAUCCGGGAUUUCGAGAAGCUGUACGACCUGGUUAAGAACCAGCGGAACAAGUUCGUCAACCUCAUCCAGGCUGCCAGCCAGAGUACGACCGAGAUGAAGGACAAGCUCAAGGUGCUGCAGAACGAGCUGGACAUCCUCCAGAACGAGGUGGCGGUGAAGGACAAACUGCUGCAGCAGCAGCACACGCAGCACCAGGCGAACAUCGCGGAGCGGGACCAGCUGCGGGUGGAGUUGGGCAGACUGGGCAUGGUGUUCCGAGACAAGCAGUCGGUGGUGGACGAGCAGAUCAGCGAGGUGGACAAGCUGAACGCCAUCAUCAACGGAUGCGAGAAGGAGAUGCUGCGACUCAAGAAGCAGUACGAGCUGGUCAUCGAGGCGAGGAACUACACGGGCAUCAUGCUGAUCGACCGCAACGACGAGCUGUGUGUGCUGUACGAGAAGGCCAACAUCCAGGAUGCGGUGAUCAAGGGGGGGCAGCUGGAGCUCAUGAGGCGGGAUGACGAGGCCAGGCUCCUCCGCCUGGAGGUCGCUGAGCUGGACCGCUCCAUCUGCGUGAUGCGCCGCCUGGUGCCCUCCGUGCCGUUGCUGGACACCGACGUGGCGGCGCUGCAGAAGGCGCUGUUCGAGGCGCGGCGGGAGGCGGAGGCGCUCAGUCUGGCGCUGGAGAGCCCCGCCAACAGCGGGCGGUGGAGGAUGCUGGAGGGCAAGAUUCCAGACAGGGAGGAGCUGAGUGCCAAGAUACAGGCUCUUGAGGAGCGUCUGAACGACAAGAAGGAGCAGCUGCUUGAGAAGGAGCUCAUACUGGAGGAGAUUACCAGCCUCAGCGACAAGCUGAGAGUGCAGGCUGCCGAGGGCCGUGCUGACACGCUGGAGCUGGCUCAGCGUGUGAACGAGUACCAGUCCAAGCUGCGGGCGGUGACACGCAAGAUCAUGGCCACCGUGUCGGAGCUCUCCAUGUACCAGGCGAGCGCGCUCAAGCUGGGCGCGGAGAAGGAGGAGUUGGAGGCGGCGGUUGACGUGGCAGCGCAGCGGUUGGAGGCGGGGCAACCGCCUACCGACGAUGCGGAGCGCGAGUGGGCCAGGUUGGAACGCGAGCGGGAGACGCUGGAGGUGUUGGACGACGAGCGGCGCAUGGUGGCGGAAACCCUGGAGGCGCGGAUCAGCCAGGUGCAGAGUACGGCAGAGCCGCGGCCCAACGCCUACAUCCCGGAGAGUCUGGGCAUUCCCAAACCCUACGGCUUCUUUGCGCCAUUCAAACCCCAGGAGCCCGGGUCCACCAUGCGCCACAUUCGCAAGCCGGUGCCCAAGGAGGUCAUCAUCUAGUGCAGCUGGCAGCACGGGGAGGGGAAGGAGGAGGAAGGGGAGGAGGAGGGGGGCAGUGGGGGGGAGUUGGUCGUUAUCUAGUGGUGACGGAGGGAGGAGGAAAGGGAGGACAGCCGUGCUGCUGGCGGCGGCUGCAGCUAGGGAAGCGGUGGCAGCGGCGACAAUGCCACCACCCUCGCCUUCGGACCUCGAAGUGGUUCCCAGAGCGGUCGUCAGAUGCGAGCAGCGGCAGUGGCAGUAACAGUGGCAGCAGUGGCAGUAGCCGUGUGUGGGGGUGGCGGCGGCUGCGAUGGCGGUUGCGUCAAGCGGGGCGGUGGUGAUGCGCCGCUUCUGCAAGGGGUUGUCUCGGCGGCGGCUAGAGAGAAAAGAAGGAGGAAGACAGGGAAGCGGAGGAGCAAGAGGUGGAGGAGACGGGGGUCACCGAAACACCAGUCCACAAGUGAGGGCAGGACAAAGGGGGCAGGGGGAUGCGGGCGCCGAGAGGCUGUUCGUGAUAUGAGGGGCUGACGGUGUGGGGCUUCAAGGACUGACUGACCCGGCACCCACACAGCAGAUGGAUAAGGUGACAGCAGCGGCAUCAGCGGGACAAGGGGGGGAGAAGAGGAGUGAGGGUUGCGGGUAGAUGGAAAGGGGGGUUGGCAGCUAAAGGAGGUGUGUUUGCGAACGCUUGCAAAGGGGUACAUGCGUGUUUAUGUAUAUAUGUGUAUAUGGCACACGCGACAUGCCUGGCACCCCAUUACCGGUAUUUAAGUCGUGCGAUCGACUUGCUUUGGUACUUGUUUACCUGGCUUGCCCGCAUUUCGAUGUCGUACAGAUCGUGUGCCUGCAUGUCUGGACAUGCCUAGCUUGCUGUUACGGGCGCCGAGCGAUGGCGACCUGCAGUACGUUAGUUGUUACCAAGAGGCGCUUGGAGGUG